AUGUUUGGAUCCAGGACAAGUGGGUUUGUGCAGUUCCCUUCACAGACGCUUGUGAAGAAGAAUGCCCACAUAACAGACCAGUUGGAGGCCAUGGUUGAAACUUAUCAAAGCACUAAGGAUCACUGGAGAGCACUAGGUUAAAAAGCCAUCAUGCAGCAAAAACGGCAUCCAACCGAGAUCACAACAAGGGAGGAAGCCAGGGCCCUGCCUAAUGUAGGAAAAAGGCUGGCAGACAAAAUAUGGGAGAUUGUUCAGCAGGGCAGGCUUCAAAAGCUGGAAGAAUUUCAAAGCCAGGAGAACCUUGUUGCACAGAACUUGUUCACAAAAAUCUGGGGUGCUGGGCCAGCAACAGCACAAAAGUGGGUCCAGCAGGGUUUUCGUUCACUGGAAGCACUUGCUGCCAGGAAUCUGAGCAGCCAGCAGAAAAUCGGGCUCAAGCACUUCCAUGACUUCCUUGAGAAGAUGCCGUCUGCAGAAGCAGAGUUGAUUGCAGACACAGUGAAGAAAGCAGCCCUGUCAAUCCAGCCUGCACUGGAGGUGAUUCCGUGUGGCUCCUAUCGCAGAGGCCGAGCCAUGUGCGGUGAUGUUGAUGUCCUGAUCACGCACCCUGAUGGCAAGUCUCAUGAAGGCGUCCUCUGCAAGAUACUGCAGGUCCUUCAUGAAAGCCACUUUUUGACUGACGAUCUUGCUGUACCACAUGAGGGCGGCAGUCCCAGGAAGUACAUGGGUGUUUGCAAGCUACCAGGAGAAGGCAAUAAGCACCGACGGUUGGACAUCUUUGUGGUGCCCCAAGAGGAAUUUGCCUGUUCUCUGCUUGCCUUCACUGGCUCUGCCCAUUUCAAUCGUUCUAUGCGUCUUCUGGCACGUCGCAAGGGCAUGUCUCUGAAUGACCACGGCCUUUAUGCUGAUGUAUACAGAACGGGAGAAGAAAAAAUAGGACAUGGAAAACGGCUUCCCACGCCAACAGAGAAAUCCAUUUUUGAGCACCUUGGGCUUGAAUAUCGACCUCCUGAAGAACGAGACCAUUAGCUGUAUACUUUAUGCAGUGUGGAGUUUAUAAUUCAUCUUGUUUAAACUUUAAUUUUUACCGGGGUAUCUCUGAAAAAAUGUGCGAUAUGCUUAUCAAUGGGCUUUUUUCAAAAUAUAGUACAUUAUAAAUAUUGAUGUAUCGGUUAUGAGAGCAUGCCAUUGUAACACCUUGGCCUCUCUGGUGUUACAUUGGGAUACCACAUUCCACAUGAUACCCACAACUGAACCUUCACCACAGUCUCCAGCAAAUGGAGAACAUUUGACCAUGGCAACAAUCAGACUUGUAACGUUAUGGAGAGUGCUAAUAAUCACUGGAUCAGGAUCUCAAAUUCUCCAUUGUGGUAAGAUGAUACAAAUAACUCUUCUAUUUCUUCCAAAUGAUAAUCUAAUCCAGGUGUCUAAAAAACAUGCAGACCUUUUGUGGAGUGGCCCGCAGUUCACACGGAAACAAUGUUUUAUGACUUUGCUAAAUAGUAGUGGCAUUAUUUUCUUGCCUAUUGCAGUUGGGUUAGUGACAGGGAUGGCACUGCUCUUAAGCGUUCUUUUGUUUGUGAGGCACCCAAUGCUGUCACUAUGAGUUUAAACGUCACUGUGAGACGAAAGCUCUAUAUUUUAGAAUCGACGUCCAGAUUUUCGUCAUUUUGGUAAUUUGUAUCAGUAUGUUUUUUGAAACCUGACAUCAAAUCCCCUUCAUAAAUAGAUCAUAUAUGGGUUAUGCCAAAGGUAUUCUUUCAAACGGCUAGGUUACAUGACAUUUUCUUCAAAUUUUAUCUGCCUGGCACCUUUUUCCACGCUACAUCUGGCAACUGUGGCUAGCUGGGGUGAGUUUGAGUCUGCUGAUCUAAUCUGACAGAAGAAAGAGAGAAAAAAGAAAUGCACUCAUUGUUGGUGGCUGCACAAAGACGCACUUUCAGAAAAUGAGACAGCGCCCUUCAAUACAUGUUGACCAGAAUGCUGAAACAGUAGUCGUCCAAAGCAUGCAGAGUGAAAAUCAAGAUCCAGUGCAUCCAAAGGCCGCUUCUCAGUGCUGAACAUUAUGAUGCUCAUUUUUUAGUUCUGUCCUCUUUCUUUCUCUCUUUAUUUUUUCUGUUAAGUACUUCACAGAUAGGCCAGCUAUCACUCGGAAGAGCGCAUUUGUGUGCAAAUAUGUGGACAUCUGUGUUGUCGCAUUGCAAUUUUUUCAAAUUCUAGGGUUUUACAGCCCAAAAACCAUAACUCGAGAGGCGUGUGAACUUGAGCCUGUCAGUACACAUUCAUAAUAAAAAACAGCUAGAAAACAACAAGAUACAUACAAAACGGGACACAGCACUGCCUGUCUCUUUCUCAGUGCUCUGUCCUGUUUCUUCCGUCUCUUCCUUGUUCUUUUCGUGCUGUUUUUUACCAUAACAUGCUUGUGGCGGAAGCCAUUGUGGCAUGCUCCAGCUUAAGUUUGACUAGGUGAUAUUUUUCAUAAUGUACCAAAUCUAUGUACUCAAGCGUUCAUGCAUUUUGCCCCCAUAAAAGUGUGCGUGCCGUGACCAUGAUUUGACCUUGCAACCUCGUGCUUAGAAAGUGCGACUGCAUGAUCAUUAC